AACAGAGAGAGAGAGAGAAAGAAAGGGUCGUUGUUGUUCAUUUUGUUUGAUUGGGAAGGAAAGCAUCUUUGGGAAACGAACAGAAGAGAAUGAAAUGAUGAACAUGUAAAUGGGACCUGCACUUCCACUUCCACUUCCACUUCCACCUCCACCCUCUCUCUUCUCUUGAGAUUAUACUUCAAAUGGGUUUACCAAUCACCAACCAUUCCCCUUUGUUUUUUAUCUCCUUUCACUUCCAGUCAAAGUCUGCGUCAACAUCAUCACCUACACCUAUUACUCCUUCUUCCUCCUCCUUAUUGUGCUCUUCACGACCAUGAUCCUCUGCUUCACACUCACUCUUGGAUCUCAGUUGCAGAUCCACCUUCACCGUUUACCAUCACUUCCAGCUUUUCGCUCUUUCUCAUGGACCCGUCUACUUCUCGUCCAGCUGUAGUCAUCGAUAAUGGCUCCGGGUAUACGAAGAUGGGGUUUGCUGGUAAUGUUGAGCCAUGUUUUAUUGUUCCGACAGUGGUUGCACUUAAUGAGUCGUUUCUGAAUCAAUCUAGGAGCUCUUCUAAAGGCAAUUGGGUUGCCCAGCACAAUGCUGGGGUUAUGGCGGAUCUUGAUUUCUUCAUUGGGGAUGACGCACUUUCCAAGUCUCGAUCUAGCAGUACUUACAAUCUCAGCUACCCGAUUCGGCAUGGUCAGGUUGAGAAUUGGGAUGCCAUGGAGCGCUUCUGGCAGCAGUGCAUAUUCAACUAUUUGAGGUGUGAUCCGGAGGAUCACUAUUUUCUCUUGACUGAGAGUCCGUUGACCGCGCCUGAGAGUCGCGAGUAUACUGGGGAAAUCAUGUUUGAGACUUUUAACGUGCCUGGACUUUACAUUGCUGUGAAUUCUGUGCUUGCCCUUGCCGCUGGAUACACAACGUCUAAGUGUGAGAUGACAGGAGUUGUAGUGGAUGUUGGAGAUGGGGCUACUCAUGUUGUACCUGUUGCAGAUGGUUAUGUUAUUGGUAGUAGCAUCAAAUCGAUUCCUAUUGCUGGAAAGGAUGUUACCCUUUUUGUUCAGCAGCUUAUGCGGGAAAGAGGAGAGAAUGUACCACCAGAAGACUCUUUUGAAGUGGCGCGGAAAGUGAAGGAAAUGUAUUGCUACACCUGCUCUGACAUUGUGAAGGAAUUUAAUAAGCAUGAUAAAGAGCCAGCCAAGUAUAUCAAGCAUUGGAGAGGUAUUAAACCAAAGACAGGGGCACCAUAUUCCUGUGAUAUUGGUUAUGAGCGAUUUCUUGGCCCAGAGAUUUUCUUUAAUCCUGAGAUAUAUGGCAGCAGCAACUUUACCACCCCUUUGCCAGUUGUAAUAGACAAGUGCAUUCAGUCUGCACCAAUUGACACAAGGAGAUCAUUAUAUAAGAAUAUAGUGUUGUCCGGAGGUUCAACCAUGUUCAAGGAUUUUCAUAGAAGGUUGCAACGUGAUCUUAAAAAAAUAGUGGAUGCCCGCGUCCUUUCAUCUGAAGCACGCAUAAAUGGGGAGAUAAAAUCGCAGCCAGUGGAGGUAAAUGUAGUCAGUCAUCCAAUCCAGAGAUUUGCAGUUUGGUUUGGAGGAUCAGUACUUGCAUCAACACCUGAAUUUUUUACGGCUUGUCAUACAAAGGCAGAAUACGAGGAAUAUGGAGCAAGCAUUUGCCGCACAAAUCCUGUUUUCAAGGGGAUGUAUUGAAGCAACGACGAAUUAGUUGACCAUGGUUGCUGUUAGUUACUUGAUAAAACAAUUGAAUGAAAGCCUUGUUAUUUUGGUGCUCAAUUCCCCUCCCAAUCUUUCUUCCCACCAGAAGUGAGUGUAAAAUAUGUAUAUUCAGUGAAAAUAUGCAUUUGUUUUUAUUCCAGUAGUCUCCCUAGGCAGUCAGUUUCACAUGGUUAAUACAGUUGCCAGAAGGUCCAGAUGGUACUUAAUGGUUAGAUAGAAAUUGAUCUUUGACAGAGUUGGCAGCUGAAUUGCAAUUUUUGGUGUUCAGCUUAGAGUAUGAUUAAGUCUUGCAAUUUUUCUCAUUCAUUGCUCGGACUGAUAAAUUCCAUUGAGGGCUUGAUUGAUGAACAUGAUAACGAAAAUAGUACAGGAUAAACUGUCAUACCCGCUCUUAAUUUAUUGUUUGAUGAGCCAAUAAGAUAAGACAAUUCUAUCA